AUGUACUCAGCAAAUCGAACGCACCGUGCAGAAACGAGAAAUCGAACAAAAGAUGAGUUGCGAAAAGUCAUAAGCUCUAUAGAAAAAGUUCGGAAGUGGGAGAAGAAAUGGGUAUUGAUCAAAGAUACCGCGAUCAAAAUACAAAAAUGGGUUCCUGUGACAGCCCAGAUGAACAUUCCCCCAAAAAUUACGAAGCCUGCUAUAGAUGAGGACGCCAGCAAUACUAUACAAUCUACAGAAGAGAAUUCACAAGAUUCGGGUACAGCACCGAACGCUCCUCGACUCGCACGGUUUGGUGCCAACAUCAACGAUGAUUCUAAUACAGGAUUCUCUGAAACUGGCUUUGACUCCGAUUCCAACCAAACAUUCGAACCACAAAAUUAUCAACCAAGCACUGACCACGGCUCAACCGAUUUUAGCGCUAUGCGUGAUGCUGAAAUGGGUCAUUGA